UGGAGGUCAGGUGCACGGUACAAGGCCCCUGGGGCCCGGACAGAGCACAGCCCCUCGCUCCUGCACGGUCUUCCCCUGGGCUUAGCAGACGAGCCCCUGGCGGAGGGCAUGGGGGUGGGCUGCCCCACCAGGCAGGGGGCGCCCGCCCCCCGCUAGGCCGAGGCGAGGCGGUGCCCCCGCCCAAUGGGCCUGGCCAGGGCCCUGCGCCGCCUGAGCGGCGCCCUGGAGUCGGGGGCCGGCCGGGCCGACGACGAGGAGGCGGCGGGGCCCGGGCUGUGCCGCAACGGCUGGGCGCCCGGCCCGUCGGGGGCGGCGGCGCGGCGGCGGCGCGGGCGCUUCGUCAAGAAGGACGGUCACUGCAACGUGCGCUUCGUCAACCUGGGCGGCCAGGGCGCGCGCUACCUGAGCGACCUGUUCACCACGUGCGUGGACGUGCGCUGGCGCUGGAUGUGCCUGCUCUUCUCCUGCUCCUUCCUCGCCUCCUGGCUGCUCUUCGGCCUGGCCUUCUGGCUCAUCGCCUCGCUGCACGGCGACCUGGCCGCGCCGCCGCCGCCCGCGCCCUGCUUCUCGCAGGUGGCCAGCUUUCUGGCCGCCUUUCUCUUCGCGCUCGAGACGCAGACGUCCAUCGGCUACGGCGUGCGCAGCGUCACCGAGGAGUGCCCGGCCGCCGUGGCCGCCGUCGUGCUGCAGUGCAUCGCCGGCUGCGUGCUCGACGCCUUCGUCGUGGGCGCCGUCAUGGCCAAGAUGGCCAAGCCCAAGAAGCGCAACGAGACGCUCGUCUUCAGCGAGAACGCCGUGGUGGCGCUGCGCGACCACCGCCUCUGCCUCAUGUGGCGCGUGGGCAACCUGCGUCGCAGUCACCUCGUCGAGGCCCACGUGCGGGCCCAGCUCUUGCAGCCUCGAGUGACCCCGGAGGGUGAGUACAUUCCACUGGACCACCAGGAUGUGGACGUGGGCUUUGACGGUGGCACUGACCGCAUCUUCCUGGUGUCUCCCAUCACCAUCGUGCACGAGAUCGACUCUGCCAGUCCUCUGUAUGAACUGGGCCGUGCGGAGCUGGCCCGGGCCGACUUUGAGCUGGUGGUUAUACUUGAGGGCAUGGUAGAGGCCACAGCAAUGACCACCCAGUGUCGCUCCUCCUACCUCCCUGGGGAGCUGCUCUGGGGCCACCGUUUCGAGCCAGUCCUCUUCCAGCGUGGCUCCCAGUACGAGGUGGACUACCGCCACUUCCACCGCACUUAUGAGGUCCCAGGAACGCCGGUGUGCAGCGCCAAGGAGCUGGACGAACGUGCGGAGCAGGCUUCCCACAGUCCCAAGUCGAGCUUCCCUGGCUCCCUGACUGCGUUUUGCUAUGAGAAUGAACUUGCUCUGAGCUGCUGCCAGGAGGAAGAAGAGGAAGAGGAAGCCAAGGAAGGGGACAGAGUAGAGGCUGAAGAUGGGGCUGCCAGCCCCCGAGUGCUCACACCCACCCUGACACUGACCCUGCCCCUGCCCCCAUGAUGCCAGUUGGGGUUCACUCACUCAUCCCUCCCCUUUCCCACUGCUAGCAAGGAGGAGAGAUUGGGGACUCUCCUGGGAAGGGGCCGUGUGUUACCAAAGACCAACAGGCCUGCAGGUAACUCAUUAGCUGGUCAGGUUUUGCCAUGCCUCAUGGUCUCACCAGGGGUAUAAUGGAGCUUAAUUUCUCUGUGUCCCAUGCUCUCUCAUAAGGCCCUUUCAUCACUCUGAUUCCUGAGUCUCACUGGAACAGAGAGAUCUGGAAUUCAGGAACACUCACGAAGCAAGGGCUGGUGCUUCUCUAGAGUUUUCUAUAUAGCUGCCUUGAGCUGUGGAGCAGGACCUGGAAUCAAUUUUAUUGACUCCCUCCAGGGGAGGAAGCCAGUGAUUCUGGAGUAGCUAGAAAGACCAAGAAUUUAAGGACGUAAGAUUCAAAGGACUGUUGUUUCUAGAGUCAGCCAACCAAGUAGUAAAUUGUGUUUCUCUAGACCACCAAAGGAGGGCGAGUUAUUGAAUGAAUGCUCUAUUCAAGACUCUUCAAGACUAUUGAGCGACCAGCAACAGAGAAUGUUGAUUACUAUUCAAGACUCUUGAGUGACCAGCGACAGAAUGUUGAUUCCAAGUCAAGAUCAAAAAAGUUCUGGAAUACCCAAGUUGAGAUUCUGUGAUUCUGGAUUGGCCCCAGAGGCAAGCUGGUGAUUUUAGGAACAGACUUGACUGAGAAACUACUCCAGAAACAAAAGAACUGUUUCUAGAAUGCACAAAAUGAUGGCAAGUCUGGAUCUAGAAGGAGGUGGGGUUCCUUGAUGUGUGAGAACACUGAACCACAGGCUGUAGACUCCAAUCAAGGAGAUACUCUGAGUGAUGCUGCUAAGUGAUCCAGAGGUGGUUUUCUAAGUGCCAUUCUAGAAUAUCCAAAGGACUCAAGAUCCUGUGGCCCUAGAUUGAUCUCGAGUCCAAGGGGGUGGGGUGGCAGCUCUAGAUGCCCAAGAUCUACUGGUUCUGGCUUGCUCCAGUGAAGUGGAGAAUCUUGAUGCUGAUUCUAGAUGCAUCUGUGAUUCUGACAUGCCAAAGGAAAUGGAGGCUCCAGGGAUUCAGAGUUGUCCAUUAAUUAUCAAAGCCUGAAAGCUCUAGGAGGCACUUUCAGGAUUUGAUCAGCAGCAUGUCUGGGCUAACCUAGCAGGUGAGAGCUCAAGGCAAACUCUGGGUAACAGGGCUAGUUAGUGGACAAGGGAGGGGAGAGGCCCGAGGCUGAGAGGUCUACAUGCUUGGAAUUGUACACCUAGUGACGUGUGUCUGCUUCUUAAAGGUGUUAUACAUGUGUGUAUCACAUA